UGAAAUUCACUAGCUCCUUUCAUCUCUUUCCUUCCCUCUAAACUUUCCGACCUUUUUCACCUGCAACAUUACAGUCGAAAUUCUGAAAACCAACAACCACAAGAAACAUGGGUGCACUAAUCAAUGGCUCCGAUUUUGCUUCUGAAGAAAUCACCAAAUCCCUCGUUGAAGUUGCUCAUGAUCAACAAGAACCACUAGCAAUCCAGGCCCCCAUUGUAUCAUCCUACAAUGAACGCAUUAGGCCCUUGCUUGACUGCGUAGACAGGCUGCGAAGCCUCAAAGUCAUGCAAGAAGGAAUCCAGCUUCCAACAAUUGUUGUUGUUGGAGAUCAAUCUUCAGGAAAGUCUAGUGUUCUAGAGUCGCUAGCAGGCAUUAGCCUGCCCAGAGGACAAGGGAUUUGCACGAGGGUUCCCUUGGUUAUGAGGCUGCAAAGUCAUCCCAGUCCCCAGCCGGAGCUGAGCUUAGAGUUCAAUGGUAGAGUUGUUUCAACCGAUGAGGAACAUAUUGCUGAGGCCAUCAGCGAUGCAACUGACGAGAUCGCCGGCAGAAGUAAGGGGAUAUCAAAUGUUCCCCUGACUUUGACUGUUAAAAAGGAUGGUGUCCCUGAUCUUACUAUGGUGGAUUUGCCUGGGAUUACUAGAGUUCCAGUUCACGGGCAGCCUGAAGACAUCUACGAGCAAAUUUCAGCAAUCAUUAUGGAGUAUAUCAAACCAGAAGAAAGCAUAAUACUUAACGUUUUAUCUGCUAGUGUUGAUUUUUCGACUUGCGAAUCCAUUCGGAUGUCCCAAAAGGUGGACAAAACCGGUGAAAGAACUCUAGCAGUUGUCACCAAGGCAGACAAGGCCCCUGAAGGCUUGAUGGAGAAGGUAACAGCCGAUGAUGUGAACAUUGGCCUUGGAUACGUCUGCGUGAGAAAUCGUAUUGGCGACGAGUCAUACGAGGAAGCUCGAGCUGAAGAAGCUAUGCUUUUCCAAACACAUCCGCUGCUGUCCAAGAUUAACAAGUCAAUAGUUGGCAUCCCUGUUUUAGCCCAGAAAUUGGUGCAAAUUCAGGCAACUAUAAUUUCAAAAUGCUUGCCAGAUAUCGUGAGGAAGAUCAAUGACAAGCUAGCUGCAAGUGUAGCAGAGCUGAACAAGUUGCCACAAAAGCUGAACUCAGUUCCUGAAGCGGUGACCGCUUUUAUGCGUAUCAUAUCUUCAGCCAAAGAGUCGCUGAGGAAAAUACUUAUCAGAGGGGAAUUCGACGAGUAUCCAGAUGAAAAGGAAAUGCAUUGUACUGCAAGAUUGGCAACGAUGCUGAGCAAGUACUCUGACGAAUUGCAGUCCAUCUCUAUCAAAAGCGAACAGAAGCAGAACUUCUUGGAGGAAGAGAUUAGCAUCCUGGAGGAAGCUAAUGGUAUAAGCUUACCUAAUUUCCUUCCUCGCGCUGCUUUUCUGGCUUUACUGCAAAAAAGGGUCAAGGCCAUUUCUGCUGCACCGGCUGAAUUUGUGGAUAAGUUCUGGGAGUAUUUACAAGGGGUGCUGGCCCCUGUCUUGACGAAGCACUCUGACAACUACCCAUCAAUCCAAUCUUCAAUCAGGAGAGCUACCCAAAAUCUUGUUUGCAAGAAAAGGGAGCAGUCAGUCGAUUGGGUACUGCAGAUUAUAGACAUGGAGAAACUCACCGAUUAUACCUGUGAUCCUGAAUACUCCGCAACCUGGCAUAAACUGAUGGCAAGACAGGACACAUUCAUGGAACUCAUUAAUGAUGAUUGGAAGCCAACAAACAUGGAGAUCGAUGGCUUUGGUGCGGUUGAAAUCGGGCAUCUAAGAAAUCAUGUGCUGGUUGCACGACAAGCUUUUGAUCUGAAAAUGAGGAUGACUGCUUAUUGGAAGAUUGUUCUGAGGAGGUUGGUUGAUUGCAUGGCUCUGCAUUUACUCUUCAGCAUCCAAAAUCUGGUGAACAAAGACAUGGAAGCUGAAAUGGUGAACGACUUGAUGGGACCUUACGGGGGUGGAGUGGAGCGGAUGUUGGAGGAAUCUCCAUCUGUUGCUGAUAAACGUUGCAGAUUGAACAGAAGCAUCAAGCUGCUGAGGGAGUCUAAAGAGACUGUUGCAGUGAUAAUGGACGGUAUCGCUGCUUAUGGCGAUUAGAUUGAUCAUAAAUCAUAUUAAUAAGCAUUUUGUUGCUUUGUUGCCUUUUUUCUUUUAAUUGUGGUUUCUUGGAUUCCCAAGAACUUGAAUGGAGUUGUUAGUACUGGCACAAUAGAAGCUACUGUAUUAUGGCAUAUGCAGAAUUAAUGUAAUUUUCAGUUGGGCAAUUUAAUACAUAUUAGUUGAUAUGGUUAAUAUAA